AUGGCCAUACCAUUCUCGCCCUCGCCCGGUCCGACUCGUCUGCAAGAAGCUGCUUUGACAAAUCAAGGCUUCACAGUCAUCCGUGGUGCCCUCGAAGACACACACAUACUCGCCAAGGCAGCCGCCGAUGGCGAUGCCGUUGUGCACCUGGCAUACAAUAACGACUUUACCCAAUGCGCCGAAUCUGCUCAAAUUGAUGUGGCUGCCAUCAACGCCAUGGCCACUGCCAUGAUAGGCACCAACAAACCCCUCGUCAUCACCUCCGUCAUCCCCAUCUCCUCUUUGCUCAGCUACCCCGCAGCUUCCCGCUUUGGCUCUGAAAAAGCCCUCUCCCAGUACACUUCCCAGUCCGUCCGCACCUGCGUCAUACGCCUGCCCCUGGUUGUUCACGGGUCGGGCGAUUUUUUCGGUAUCGUGGGUGAUGUCGUCCGGUCGGUGCGAGUGAAUGAGGUAGGCGCUUGGGCGGGGGACGGGGAGAACAAAUGGGGUGCUGUAGAGGUGAAGGAUAUUGCGGAGCUUUACAGGCUUGUGCUUGAGAGUGACACCCUUGAGGCUGGAAUAGUAUUGGAUGGACUUGCGGAACUAGUUCCGUUUAGAGAUAUCGUCACGGUAAUCUCCAACCGUCUUGAAGUUCCCACGAAAAGCAUAGAGGCAAAGGAGAUGGCCGAAUACUACCAAUGGCCUCUGGGCCAGGUGACGGAGUAUGCGGCUAAGGGUAACAACGAGUUGACCAAGCAGUUGACUGGGUGGAAAGUCAAGGGCAGGGGAUUGUUGGACGACUUGCAGUAUAGCCAGACAUAUUUCAAAUAG